CCAGCACCAUGCUCCUUGGGCUUGGAUCCUAGAUCCCCCUCUUUGAACACUGGUAAUAGCUGCUCUGGCCCUCAGCAUCCCACGCUGACAGACUGACAGAAAGAAAGAGGCAGACAAGGAAAAAGGAAGAAGAGAAAAUCUGCAGCCAAGUGGACUAAAGCAGCAAAGAGCGAGGGAGAAAGGGUGCUUUGCUUACACAGCUGCAAAGUGGGAAUUUAAAGAACUGCAGAGAGAGAAAUCCCAGCUCCCCGCCACACACACAGCGCAGAAUUAUAGAGCCAGGUAGAAAUGACAUCAACGGGGAAAGAAGGCAGCGGAGCUCAACAUGCACAAUAUGUUGGACCCUAUCGCUUGGAGAAAACCUUGGGCAAAGGACAGACAGGGCUUGUGAAGUUGGGGGUUCACUGUGUAACAUGUCAAAAGGUCGCGAUAAAAAUUGUCAACAGAGAGAAGCUCAGCGAGUCGGUGCUAAUGAAGGUGGAGCGGGAAAUAGCCAUCCUGAAGUUGAUAGAACACCCCCACGUUUUAAAGCUGCAUGACGUUUAUGAAAAUAAAAAAUAUUUGUAUUUGGUGCUAGAACAUGUGUCAGGUGGGGAGCUCUUCGACUAUCUUGUAAAAAAGGGAAGAUUAACGCCAAAAGAAGCCAGGAAGUUCUUCCGACAAAUCAUCUCUGCUUUAGACUUCUGCCAUAGUCAUUCAAUAUGCCACAGGGAUUUAAAACCAGAAAACCUACUGCUGGAUGAAAAGAACAACAUCCGGAUAGCAGACUUUGGAAUGGCAUCACUGCAGGUCGGGGACAGCUUGUUAGAAACCAGCUGUGGGUCGCCACAUUAUGCCUGCCCUGAAGUGAUCCGGGGAGAAAAAUAUGAUGGGAGGAAAGCGGAUGUCUGGAGCUGUGGAGUCAUUUUAUUUGCAUUGUUAGUGGGUGCCCUGCCAUUUGACGACGACAACUUGCGGCAGCUGUUGGAGAAGGUGAAGCGGGGUGUGUUCCACAUGCCACAUUUCAUCCCUCCGGACUGUCAGAACCUCUUGCGGGGGAUGAUUGAAGUGGACGCCUCGAAACGUCUCACGCUAGAACACAUUCAGAAACACAUAUGGUAUAUAGGGGGUAAGAAUGAACCAGAACCGGAACAACCAAUUCCUCGAAAGGUGCAGAUUCGUUCUCUCCCUUCCCUGGAGGACAUUGAUCCAGACGUGUUAGACAGCAUGCACUCGUUAGGCUGCUUCCGCGACCGAAAUAAACUCUUACAGGACCUGUUGUCGGAAGAAGAAAACCAAGAGAAAAUGAUUUAUUUUCUUCUCCUUGAUCGGAAAGAGAGGUAUCCCAGUCAUGAGGAUGAGGACCUGCCCCCUCGGAAUGAAAUAGAUCCCCCCAGGAAGCGUGUGGACUCCCCAAUGCUGAACCGGCAUGGGAAGCGGCGGCCAGAAAGGAAGUCGAUGGAGGUUCUCAGCGUGACAGAUGGCGGUUCGCCGGUCCCAGCUCGCAGAGCUAUUGAAAUGGCACAGCAUGGACAGAGGUCUCGGUCGAUCAGCGGAGCUUCAUCUGGUCUCUCCACCAGCCCCCUCAGCAGUCCAAGGGUCACCCCUCACCCCUCUCCAAGGGGAAGUCCCCUCCCUACCCCCAAGGGGACACCCGUCCAUACGCCAAAGGAGAGCCCAGCAGGCACACCCAACCCAACGCCACCAUCCAGCCCCAGCAUUGGAGGAAUGCCCUGGAGGACACGGCUCAACUCAAUCAAGAACAGCUUCCUGGGGUCUCCUCGAUUCCAUCGCCGGAAAUUGCAAGUACCUACACCAGAGGAGAUGUCCAAUUUAACCCCGGAAUCUUCCCCAGAGCUUGCCAAAAAAUCCUGGUUUGGUAACUUUAUCAACCUGGAGAAAGAAGAACAGAUCUUUGUGGUCAUUAAAGAUAAACCACUAAGCUCCAUCAAGGCUGACAUUGUGCACGCUUUCCUUUCGAUUCCCAGCCUCAGUCACAGCGUCAUCUCACAGACAAGUUUCCGUGCAGAGUACAAGUCCACGGGGGGUCCCGCUGUCUUCCAGAAGCCAGUGAAGUUCCAGGUGGACAUAACAUACACAGAAGGGGGCGAGGCACAGAAGGAGAAUGGGAUCUACUCAGUCACUUUCACGCUCUUAUCAGGUCCAAGCCGUCGCUUCAAGAGGGUAGUAGAAACCAUUCAGGCACAGUUGCUAAGCACACAUGACCAGCCUUCAGUGCAGCAGUUAUCAGACACCACUAACUGUGUGGAGUUGAUGACUGGCAGACUUUCCAAAUGUGGCAGCCCAUUGAGUAACUUCUUUGACGUAAUUAAACAACUUUUUUCAGACGAGAAGAACGGGCAGGUGAGCCAUCCCCCCGGCACGCCAACCAAGCAUAGCGCAAACAGCAAGCGGAGCGAUUCCGAUGCUAAUGACUAUGGGUCUAGAGGAGACAAUAAGUACCCCGCUGGCAAAGACAAGGCAAAGAUGGUCUCAUCAGUCGGCCUACAAGACCAACCUUAAAUAAAUACCUUUAAAAAAUUAAAUAACUUAAAAAACAAAAAGCAAGAAAAAAUCAAAGAAUAUUCCUUAGCAAGCUAGCCUCUAAACUAGAAGGAUGUAUAUACCUUUCCACAACAGUACAAAACUGUCUAUAGACAAAUUUUGUAAGAAGGAAUGACUGUAUAUAUAUACAUAUAUAUAUUUAUAUAUGAUAUAUAAUAUAUAUCUCAGAAACAAACACACACAAAAAGAAAGAAAGAAAAAGAAAGAAAGACAAGGUAGCACAGAUGACAAAACCCAGUUCACCAGAUCUUGGGUUGUGGCUUUUUUGGUUUUGGUUUUUUGUUUUGACAUCUCCCUGUAUUUUGAUUAUUAUUUUUAUUUUUUCCCCUCCUGAUGUUUUGUUGGGUUUUUUAAAUUAUUAUUUUUGUUUCUUGUUCUGUUCUUGCUCUCUCUGUUUCUGACGACACCACUUGUUUCCGCUCUGCUACCAGGAAUUAUCCCGAAAAGUUAACAUGUCAGCCACGGCUUCACCUUCUGUGCUCUGCGGACA